GCAAUGGUCGGGGGCGGGUGAAAAGGCGGCGGCUGCGGGGCUUUGUGGCGGAGCGGAGCGGAGCUGGGUUGGGAUCGCGGCCGCGGUUCCCCGCCGCGCCGCGCCCUGCAGGAUGCCCAGCUCGGGCUCCCGGAGCGCAGGCAGCUAGCAGAAGAGCUUGUUGCCUAAAGGAAUUGGCGUGGGAGUGAGCAGAAAGCUGCCUGAGUGGAUAUGGGGGACCCCUGAGGAGGAUGUUAUUACAGCAACAGCUUCUCCAGGUGAGCAACAGGGAGAAGAUUGCCAUGGGAUUAUUUAAAUGCCUAAGCGGCAGAGCAGGAUGGCUCCCAGAGAGGAUGAAUGAGGCUGCAGGUGAAGGUCAGCCAGGGCCCGCCCCCAGCAGCAGGUGGCAGGAGUGAUUGGCACCGUGUUGUGGAUGGAGCAGGCGAGCAAGUGUAUGCACCAGGGCUACAGCUGUUCCUAGGCCUGGUUACAGAUGUGGCGCUCAAGAGCUCGGCUGUCUCCUUGGCAACAGGAAGUAGGGGGCCUUCUCCGAGGAGAGCAGAUGCGGAUGGGAAGCAGCAGCAAGCCAGGUGUGGGUGAUGUGCUGCAGGAACACAGAUCUCCAGUCCCCUGCAUGGAGUUACCCUAAGAUGCAGUGAACUUUUCUUCUUCCUCCUGGAUGGAGUUUCAGAGCAAGGGGUUGGCUUAGCAGGCCGCUUCCGCAGAACAUCAGGCCAGAUCUUGGGCCUAGGGGCACAAAGACAUCCCUUAUUUUUUCUGGCAAGCAAAGAUUGUGAUGGCCCUUCAGGGAAAGAGGAGACGAUGAGUCCAAUCAAGGUCCAAGCCCAGGACAAUCCAUUUUCUCACAAGAGAUGAGCACUUCAGUUGCUUUGCAGUGAAAGAUCUGGGGUCUCCGAAGGCAGCUUCUGCAGAAGGACUGGCUGCUGGAUUCCUGCAGUUGUGUAGCCCCAGCAGCAUAUGCUCUUUCCUUGGACAGUAGAAGAGUCCCUGCAGCCCAGCAAGUCCUCUGUGGCAUCCAGGGAGCUGUGAAGACAUGUGCAGUGAUUGAAGAGUCCCCAGGGCACUAGAUUUGUUGCUGAGCCAGUCUUCAUUGCAGUUCCCUCCUGCUUUAUGCAUUCCCCACCCCCUAUGUGUUCUAUGCCCUUCAUCUGCUGCAACAGAGAAGGUGGGCAGUGAACCAUUGGCAUAGGCUGGCCAAGAGGCCAGCAGGCAACGGCCUGCAGUGACCUCUCCUCUGGCCCAGCAGGGUGGCCUCUUCCCCUCAACCCCACCCACCAUGAAGUGCUCCCUGCGGUUCUGGUUCCUGUCUACUGCCUCCCUGCUUGUCUUUGUCAUGUCUCUUCUCUUCACCUACUCGCACCACAGCAUCACCUACCUGGACCCCAGCAGCCUCAGUGGCAUCCACCGGGUCAAGCUGGUGCCUGGCUAUGCUGGUAUGCAGCGUGUCAGCAAGGGUGGGCUCUUCAUGAAGAGCUGUGCUUGCCAGCAGUGCAUGGAGGAUGCCAGGGCCUCAGACUGGUUCAACAGCCACUAUGACAGUAACAUCUCCCCAGUGUGGACGAAGGAGAACAUGGACCUCCCGUUGGAUGUCCAGAGAUGGUGGAUGAUGCUGCAGCCCCAGUUCAAGUCCCAUAACACUAAUGAAGUCCUGAGCAAGCUCUUCCAGAUUGUGCCUGGUGAAAACCCAUACAGCUACCGGGACCCCCAGAAGUGUCGGCGCUGUGCUGUUGUGGGCAAUUCCGGCAACCUGCGCGGCUCUGGUUACGGGCGAGAGAUUGAUGGGCAUGACUUCAUCAUGAGAAUGAACCAGGCCCCAACGGUAGGUUUUGAAGCAGAUGUCGGGAGCAGGACCACCCACCACUUCAUGUACCCAGAGAGUGCCAAGAACUUGCCUGCUAAUGUGAGCUUUGUGCUAGUGCCCUUCAAAACCUUGGACUUGCUGUGGAUUGCUAGUGCCCUGUCAACUGGACAGAUCAGAUUCACAUAUGCACCUGUGAAGCCUUUCCUUCGGGUGGACAAAGAAAAGGUGCAGAUCUACAAUCCGGCUUUCUUCAAAUACAUCCAUGACCGAUGGACAGAGCACCAUGGUCGAUACCCAUCCACAGGGAUGCUAGUGCUAUUUUUUGCUCUUCAUGUUUGCGAUGAGGUGAAUGUCUUUGGAUUUGGUGCAGACAGCCGAGGUGACUGGCACCACUACUGGGAGAACAAUCGUUAUGCUGGAGAGUUCCGGAAAACCAGGGUGCAUGAUGCUGACUUUGAAGCUCACAUCAUUGACAUGCUGGCAAAGACCAGCAAGAUUGAAGUUUAUCGUGGCAACUGAUGUGCCAGAAGACUCUGUGCUUCAGCUGUUAUUUCAGAAUCAGGUUUCAAGAAAUGGGAUGACUGUCAUGGCCUCCUGCCCUAAGGAUGGGUGGGCAAAUCUUGCUGUGACAGAUCCCGGAUCAAUCAAGAUGAGCUAUUGGGUUCAUUCUGUGGUCCCUCAUGACCACUUGUGAUGGUUUGGCUAAACAGAAUACUUGGUUCCUUCAACGAAUCAGGUUUGGAGAGACAAGGAGACUCUCUUUUUUUUCUUUAAAAACAAAGCAUCCUGUUUGGGAUAAAAAGGAUUCACAAGCAAAAAUCUGUUGCGGAUUUAAGUCGUAUGCUUCUGACCCAAUCUCCUUGCGGUCAAGCCAAAUGCUGCUCUUUUUAAAAAUAAUUAAGUCAGAAGAAAGCCCUAACAAUCACAUUCCCAGGCCCAGGGAGAAGCCGCAUGUUUGGACCAUUCUCCUGUGCAACGGCAGUCUUCUGGGAGCUUCAGCACUGACUCGCCGUAUAGAACAGGGUGGGAUUUUUGCCCAAUCUCCCACAUUCUAAGCUCUAACUAGAACAGUUUGGAACAAGCUUGGGGCAUCUGGGCAAUUUUCUUCCUUUCUUUCCCUUUGAUAAUGGCAAUCGUUCUCCUGGAGGAGGUUUCCUGCAUUGUUAUUAUAAUUAUCAUUAUUAGUAUUAUUUUUUGUACAAUCAGGUUCAAAACGCUGAACAGACUGUUGGUUAUUGUGUGUGGUCACAAUCAUUUUGACUCAAAAGGUCUAACUUGGCAAAGGACGGGGUGGGGGAAGGGCUCAGUUUUUGGGUGGGUGCUGUACCCAAACUGUUAGGUAUGAGCCUGCUGAGGAGACUUCUCACCAAGUUGAAGAUUUUAGAGCUUGUGGAAAUAUUCAAAGGAAAGCCCCUGUCACAGCAGUGAGGCAGGAUCAGGCUGCUCAGGGAACUGGGUUGGGUGUAGACUGGAAGUCUGAAAUUGGCCAGUGUUUAGAGCUACCUGGGAGCUAUUCCUAGGGGAUAGGAGGAAAGGAAGGGAAAUCUCAGGUGAAGCCUGGUGUCCUUCUUUCCUUUCAUCCUUGUUCUAGGAUUAACUAGUUGUGUGGUGGACUGAGGAGGAAACCAUGCCAAAGGCAGAACCUGUGGCCUAGACACCUUGUCCCCCAUUCUACUAAUUUCCAGCUGAGCUUUAGAGCGGGUAGGGAGAAUUCCCUUCAUACACCAGUUACCUCUUCCUAAUCUUAAUCCACAAGGCACCUUUUUUUUAAACUCUUUUCCUCCACCAGCAUCCCCUGGCACCUCCUCCACUUGAAAGCCCAUUGCGUCUCCCAGAAGAGAAUGUCCUCACAACAAGGGGUCCAGGUGAAAAUAUACUGGUUUCUUGCAAGGUUGUGAUGAAAGUGGAGAUGGUGGCAGCCCAUUGCUUGUGGUUGGCUAAGGUGCCACUUCACUGUGUUCACUGUAAAUAGCAAGGCUUACCAUCACAAAAACACUAAUAUCUAAGCUGUAUUGCAGUCUGGCAAGCUCCAUCUAUAGGAAAGGGACUGUCCCAAUGAGCUAAUUUAGUUACAGCUGAUUAUAGACAGAGGCUCUUCUCUCUUUAGAUGGCUGCUUCUCAAUAGUGUUGCUUAUUGGCCCCUGCAGGGACAGUCGUAACAGCUAGCAAGCGUUGUCUGGUGGGCUUGCAAAGAAAGGCGCUGGGGAGAGGCGGUGUGGGGGAGAAUGUUCCAGGGAAAUCCCCAUCAGACACCGUACAAACUGUACAAGGCAGCGUGCACUGUCAGCCAGAACAGUCUCAGCUGCAGUGGUGGCAUGUGGGGAAAAAUGUUGGAUUUCAUUUUAAAUUUGGGAUGAAGGAACAAUUCAAAAUAACCUUGAAGUGAAAUAUGGCUAUUGGUUUUCAAGUGUAUCUUCCAGCCAAAAGCCUGAAGUCCUCCCUCCAUUUAUAUUCAUGAGAGAACUGCAGGGUUUGGCUCAUGAAUAUAUAUGUUUUUGGUCAGGGCAUGGAGUUAAAGGGUAGUGGGAAAGGCUUCUAUGUAAUAACCACUGAAAGGAGUACCUGAUGCAUACUGGUUUUACUGGCUGCCUUUGACAAAGCAGAAACUCUUUGUAGACCUUUGACUCUUUGCAAACCCUGAAGGAUGUCAUGCCCUUUCCCCGUAUCCUUUUUUUGCUCAAAUUGGGUCCUACUGCUGGAAUAGAGCCCAGGCUGAGUCAUCCAAGCCAAGUUCAUGCAUGGCUCUGGGAACCAUUGUUUCUUUUGCCUGCGUUUGGCCUUAAGUGUGCAGGUAUUCAGGUGAGAGCAGCUCCCCUGAAGGCAGGAUGCAAGUAGAGAAAUUGGAGGUGGCUUCCCUGUGAGCUGGGCUGUGUUCUAUUAGGGAAUAAAUCCCAGAGCCAGACAGGGUGUGUGUAAAGGGAUGUAUGAGUUUGGGAGAUCAAAGGAGAAUGCCUGCCUCUUUCUUAGCCAGUUGGUGCUGGAAGGACUGAAAGCAUACAAUCAUGCCAAACAGUAUUGAAUGGAAUAACUUAUUAUUCCUGCUUGUAUCUUAGGACACGUCUAUGCUAGUGGCUGUAAAGAAGAAGGAUCCCAGUCUGACAUACCCAUGGUGACCAAAGCCCCUAGCGUAGAAGCAGUUAUAGUGGCAAAACUGAACUUUCACCAAGGCAGCUCAUUUCACAUGUGGUUGAUCAUUUAUUUAACUUAGUACAAAGGUCAGUUUUGCCAGGUUAGCUGUAUCCAUUCUUAGGAGUGCAGCAUGGCGUUGUAUACCAAUAUUGCUGCAGUAGUGAAGGGCUCAUGGAGUAGA